GCCAGCGCAAGAAGGUGAAUUUUCCGGAAUCCAGGCCACUACGGGCCAAGUACCUCGCAUCAACGCCGGAUUGUGAGCGAAUCUUCGAUUGUCUCUCAUCCUUCUCAACGCUGAAUUCCCAGACUCCAACCAUCGUUGGACGACAGGACAGGAAUUCUCUGCCAAUAUCCGUUCCUUCCUCUCACCUGAGUGAGGGCUCAACAGGGCCUGCUCGAUGGCUUCGGCGAAUUCAAACCCUCUAUUCGGGGGCGGCUUAGGAGCUUCCACGCCAUCGUCAGCUCCUUUCCCCCCGAACAACCCGGCAAGUGUUUUUGGGAAUCCUUCUGCCACUCAGGCCCCCGCCAACGGUUCUCUAUUUCAAUCGCAACCCCAGCAGCCGCCCGCUCAGUCUUCGACAUUUGGACAGAGCCAGAUCCAAAAUAAUGCGGCGCCAUCUUCACAACUUUCUAGCCAGACAACGCAACCUGCGUUCUUUAAUAGCCUAUUGGAACGUGGUAAAAAAAGGCCACUGUCGGCCCUCGGGCAAACAAGUAAUUUUGAGCAGCUCCCCAGCCUUCAAUUGGGACUUGAUGAUAUCCGAAGAAAAGCUCGAGAGCUCGGGACCGGGGGUUCAAAAGAUUCCCAGCUGCAAGCAUCAAGCAGUAAAGCCCAUUAUCUACUCGCCGCGUCAGGUAUUUCUCCGGGGCAUGCAUUGCGGGAUCUCAAAGCCUUAGAGCCUCAAGGCUCGGUAGGAACUCAGCCAAGGGAACAAGAAGCGAUAUUCGAUCCGGAUAACCAGAAAUUUCUCCGAAACAUACAACAGCGCGGCCGCCAAGUCAUGAUCGCUGAGAGUCUCGCCCGGACACACAAGGAUUUCGACCUCUUUUUGGAGGGGAAAGUGGAUUUGGAUUGGGAGGAGCAGCGCCGGAAUAUUUUUCAGCAUUUUGGCCUGGGUCAAAGAAGUGAAGUUAUUGGCGAUACGAGAGGAUCGUUUGGCCGGUCUGUGAGACAAUCAAAACUCGGCCCUACUUCAACUCCCAGCGCCCCGUCUUUGUCUCGUAGAAGUGUCUUUGGACGUUCAGCCUUGGAAAAGUCUGUAAUCGGGACACCAGGGGCCGGGUCAGCCAACCAUCAGCUCUUCGAGGACCCCACUGAACGAACGGAAGGUUCAUCCGUUCCUUCAGACAUGCGAUUCUACCGGGAAAAAAUGGGAAAUUACGCGACCAAAGUUCAGUUGUUGAAUUCUGCAAGACUCCAGGCGCACACCUUCCCGGUUCUCCACGAAUUCUCGGGCGUUGAAAUAGAUGCUGGUGGCGAUGUUCCUCGCCAACUCUUCGAUGCUUACCGAGCGUUGAUGAGCAUUACUGGAGAAUCACCGCAGAUCACGAGCAUAUCAGACCCCGGAGCAGCAAAAGAGCGACGAUUUGCUGAAGAUUACCUGGAUGAAGCUCCAAAUUCUCGCCGAGCAAUGAAUUUAAGAAAGCGCAUCAUUGAAGGUUCUAGACUAUUCCUUGAGAACACAUUUUACAGUGAGGUCGAAAACGUGAUCUCAAAAAAUCCUCGUGAGGCACAGCUUGGAGGCAUCCCGACGGUGAUCAAUAAAGUCCGCGCCUACAUCAGGCUCAGAGCAGCGAGAAAGGACCUUGCCCCUGAUGGAACCGAGUUACAAAUGGUUUGUCAAGAUUAUUGCUGGAUUCUCAUUUUCUACCUUCUCAGAUGCGGGUUUGUCACCGAGGCAGCCGAAUAUGUUAGUCAGGAUCCUGGAUUCCGGUCACUGGAUCACAAGUUCGUGACAUACAUGACAACCUAUGCACAAAAUAGGCGACUGCCCAGGGACAUGCAGCAAAAGAUAAACGGGGAAUACCAGCAGCGCUCCCGUAAUGCCCCUGACAACACAGUUGAUCCAUAUCGAAUGGCUUGUUACAAAAUCAUUGGGCGCUGUGAACUUAGUCGCAGGCGCCUGGAGGGUGUGAACCAAACCGUUGAAGAUUGGAUGUGGCUGCAGUUCAGUUUGGCCAGGGAAGACGAUCGUGCCGAGGAAGUAGCGGGUGAUGUUUUCGGGCUUGAGGACAUUCAGACCGAUAUAACCGAGAUUGGGCAGCGAGUCUUCGGUAAAGGUCAGGAAGGGCCUGGGGGCUAUGGCACUUUCUUCCUUUUACAAAUACUGGGAGGAAUGUUCGAACAAGCGGUCUCGUAUCUUGGAGUUUAUGCCCCAGUAAGCGCUGUGCACUUUGCGAUUGCUUUGGCUUAUUAUGGGCUUUUACGUGUGUCCGAUUUCUACACCUCUGGCGAGGAACCUUUGUCCUUUACUGUUAAACAGUAUCCGCAGAUUAACUUUGGUCAUCUCAUCACCCAGUACACCAGGGAAUUUCGGACAGGUUUUGUGGAAGCGGCCAUUGAUUACUUUUCUUUACUCUGCCUCAAUGCCGACCUUCCGGGCUCGUUGGGCAAGUCCCAGGCUUCUGUGUGUCACGAAGCUCUACGGGAAUUCAUUCUGGAGACUCGUGACUUCGCUAAACUGCUAGGUGACAUACGAUCUGAUGGCACAAGGAUCAAAGGUUUAAUAGAGGAACGCAUCAGUUUGAUCAAGUUGGUCGAUCAAGACGAAUUCUUGAAGGCUAUAACCAUGCAGGCCGCUGCUGUUGCCGAAGACAAGGGGCUGAUAGCAGACGCGGUGCUUUUGUACCAUCUGGCCGAGGACUAUGACCGCGUGAUUGACAUCAUCAAUGGCGCCCUGUCCGAUUCCGUGGCCGUGGAGUUGGGUGACCCUGCGUUAAGACUGCAGCCUUUGCGGCCAAGAUCCCACCCAGCGGGAAACAACCCUGGAGCCCCUCCUGUAGAGCCAGGCAGCAGUCUCAGUCUGACGGCAGUGGAAGAUCCAGUGGUCCUGGCAAAGAACAUGAUCGGUCUUUACAACGUGAAUGCUAUGUAUUACCAGCGAAUUCGCCAGGUGAACCGGGACACGUGUGGUCUGUUACUUCGCAUGAUGGAGGCAAAAGCAGAGGUCCAGGCCGGCAAAUGGACUUUGGCGCUCGAUGCCAUUAAUGCGCUCAGCAUUCUCCCGCUCCGCGCGAAGGGCUCCGUUCCACAUAUUCGCAGCGCAGCGCAAGCUUUCUCGUCGUUUCCCCCGAUUAUCUCCCGAAAUGUCGGCCAUGUGAUAAUGUGGAGCAUUGCAUGCAUCGGGCACGAAAGGCAACGGUUGGACUCCGGGGCCUAUGAAAAUGAGAUGAGACAGGGACUGGCGGAAGAAUUGCUGGUGAUGGCCAAGGAUCUCAUGAUUUUCUCUGGUAUGGUCAAGUACAAACUGCCCCCCCGAGUGUAUGAGACUCUUGCGCGGGCCGGUGCAGACAUUGGCGCCUAUUAGCACGGUAGCCUGACUGCCGGACCGGAUCCCUUGACAUAGCCGAAUACAUGAGCAAACACAUGUGUCAAUUAUCGUGUUGUCCUUGCGGCUCUUGGAUAAUCGCAGAAUGCGGCCGAAUUCCGCACACUGCCAAACCGGAGCGCAUCCCGUACGUAGCGGUGUAGUGGCUGUGUUGUGCUGCGUGUCAUGCUGUACGAGGUAGACGUAGAUGGGGUUAUCCACCGUGAAGCACAGCAUCCGCCUCAUCUCAUCGUGCG